CUAGAGGAUUGAAAUGGAUUGAGAAUCCAAAGGGUAUGACAUCUCAAUGUAAAAAUACCUAACUAAACAUUAAAAUGAUUGUGAUACCAUUCCAUACCAUUAAAAAAGAGCCAACCAAACAUGCCCUUAGACUUUUGACUUCUCAGGCAACUAUUUGUCUAAAUUGAGUUUUAAAACCCCAAGCGUUUUUCUCUAACCCCCGUCUCAAACUGCUAAACUCACAAUCGGGGUUUAAGUUCCGUCGCAUCACUCACCAAGCAAAAGGACCAAAAAUGGCGGCUCUCCUCCGUCAUUCUCGUCGCAUUUCUCGCCCUCAAAUCUCCUCACUCUUCUUCCACCAACGCCGCCUCUUUGCUUCCGAUAAAACCACCACCACUCCAGAACUGCCGCAAAUUCAACCUGUUUCUUACGCUCCGAAACCUAAACCUGCCACCGAAUCUCUACCGGAAAAUGCUCCGCCGUCGCCUCCUUCAGAUCCUCUUCCUUACAGAAAUUUCACGCGAGAAGAGUUUCGAUACAUGAAGGAUUCUCCGGUGACGGGCAUUUCGUCGGUUUCAUACGCCAAGCGGGUUGCUCCGCUUCCGGAUGAUCACGUGGUGAAUGAAGAUGAGAAGAAAGGGGAAUUGGAGAGGGAGUUGGAGAAUAUUCAAGUGAAUAAUCGAGUUUUUCGGAGGGUUUUUAAGGCUGUUGAAGAAGAGAAAGUGGUUCCUUUUCCUACUUUGAUUAAGGAAGAGAAAAAACAAGGAAAUAGAAAGGUUUUUGAUCUUCAAGAUGCUCUUCGCCAAGUCAAGGCUAGCGCUAAAAGAAAUUUUGAUGAAACUCUUGAAGCACAUGUUAAUUUGGGCAUUGACCGACGCCGAAGUGAUUUGGGUGUAAGUGGUGCUGUUGUUCUGCCUCAUGGUACCGGCAAGGUUGUCAAAGUAGCUGUUUUUGCCGAAGGAGCUGCUGCUGAGGAAGCCAGAGCUGCAGGAGCUGAUAUCGUGGGAGCAGAUGAGCUUAUUGAGGAGAUAAGAACUAGUGGAAAAAUCAACUUUGACAAGUGUAUUGCCACUCAUUCGAUGAUGCAGCGCGUUACGAAAAUUGGAAGAAUUCUGCGUGGCCUGACUCCAAAUGCCAAGAAAGGUACUGUAACCAAUAAUGUUGGUGGGGCAGUCAAAGAGGCAAAGCAAGGAUUGCUUGAUUUUAGAAUGAAGGAUGCAAUUGUUCAUGUGGGACUGGGGAAGGUAAGUUUCGCAGAGGAGGCACUACAGGAGAACAUUGGUGCAUUUGUGAAUGCUCUUUUGCUUGCAAAGCCCGCGGGUCUAAAGAAGACUUCGAAGUAUGCUGGCUACGUGAAUUCUUUCCAUCUAUGUAGUACGAUGGGACCAGGAUUUUCCGUAUCAAUACAGUCAUUGUCAAGAGCUGCCGAUCACUACAACAAAAUGCAUCCGCAAUGAGACAUUAGAGCUUGUCCUAUAAGGAUUUGCAAAUUAUUUUUUUUGCAUUAUGUCUUGAUUCAUGCUAAAUUAGAGGUAUUUCCUGCGUCAAUCUCAUAUCAUUGAGUGCGCAUCGUUGAAUACAAAGUUCUCCAAGAAACGAGCAAUGGUUGAACAAUCAAUCUUCAAAGCUCUCCGGUGUCGUGCAAGAUCAGCUAUACUUCUAUCUUGUGCAUUAACAGCAUCCUAAACUUGAAGCAUCAAUUUGUAAUGCAACAAUCUUAGUUUCAUGUUUAUGUUUUAAAAGAUGAAUUGCGGGUGGAUUAAUUCAAUAAUAGCGACGAGUUAUGUAACACUUUUGGAUAAUUAUCGCAUUAAUUCAAGAGAUACAUGUUACUAUCUUUUU